AAAUAAUCCUUCAACUGAUAACUUCAAAUUAAUGUCACUGAUAUAAGUUUGUUUGAUAGUGUCCCUCCUUCCACCUAGCAAAUUUCAGUGUGUUGUUUACCAUUUUUCAAAAAUAUGAAUAUUUUCGACUGUCAGUUAAUAUCAAACCCAUCAAUCGACCAUACUUACACGGUGGACCAACCGAACUUCGAAGCUUUCCAUUGUCAGGAUGUGUGUAGUCCCCACUCUGAGUCUGUGAACGAUUCCACUGCUUCGGCUCAAGAAGUUAGCUCUUCGCCCUAUGGCUCUACUAGUCUACAGAAAAAUCCAGAAAGAAAAUUGCAGAGAGCUAUUUACAAAGGCCCAGAUGUUUUCGGAAAGGUCCUUGGACCCACAGCGGAUGAGUCGAUAUUGGUAGGACUGCAGGCAUUGAUGGACAUGGCUGGAACUCUCGAAUUCGCCGGCUUCACCCCUAGUCCAAGCAUCCAUGAGACUCCUGUGGAGACUGUCUGCAAAGAGUGCCGAGAAGUCUCAGAACCAAUCAGCCAAAGCUCUGCUUCUUGUCAGUCUCCGAUCCCUUGUAAAACGGAGAAAGUUACUUGUGGCAGUUCCCCUGAGGCUUAUUCGGAUGAAUGUCAUCAUGAGAGUUUCAAAGAAUUGAAGAAACCACCAUGUCAAUACAUAAUCACUCAAGAAAAUAUAGCAGCCGCUGUGAACGCAAGGAGGAGUAAAUGCCAGCAUAGCCAAACUAGGGUAUUACCAACUUCGAUGACCUGUUACAAUCCAGACAGAGUCGACUGCCCUGGAGAAAGGAAUAACGUUGGUUGUCCUAGCAUGGCCACAUCAAGGUUUCAGUCUCCUAUGCAGUGCAAUUUGCGCUCUGUCAGUCCACCACGAAGACGUCCAAGAGGUAUUUCUCCACCAGCUUCUUCUGCUCCUUCAGGCAAUUGUCCUUGUUCCCAAUUUUACCGUCAAAUGACCACCAUUUCCGUCCUUGAGAACUCUGAAGAAGCUCCCACCUGUAUGCCUUGCACAGCGAAAAGAUCACCUUGUAAGGUAAUCGAGCAACCCACAAUAAUUUUUCCUCGAUCUGUAAAUGCAUGCGUGGAGACAUCUCCAACCCCAUGCUUAGGGAAGAGAUCUGUAGCUUCGGAACCUACCAAGGAAUGCUCGUGUAAAACGAUCCAAACCUCGCCGUUGCCUAGGCCGACCUUGUGCAACGCCAAGGUGGAAACCGAGUCCAUGGUUUCUCAGGAGAAACCUUCGGUUGCGUGCGACUGCAACAUCUGCAUGCCCAUCUCGGCAGGGGUGUCCAAGCCUCCGUCCAGGAUCGGAAGCAGCGUCAAGUUCGCUGACGAGGUGGGAACUCAAUGCAUGUGUUCCACCUGCUUCUGCAUGAAAGAAAAGAGGCAGGAGAAGAGGGCAGGGAGGUCAGAGGCGUCGUCGUCGGUGAGAAGGAAUAAAUCGUGCACUUGUUCUUUGAUACCAAAAGGUAUUCGAGUUGCAGAUGCCGCCAUAAGUAGUUUGAAAGUCAACACUUCAUGUCAAUAUCAUAAAUCUGAAAUAAUUCCAAUUGAGACUAGAUCAACUCAAUGCGAAAAAAGGAAUCACAGACGUGAUUCGUCCAUGCGACUCUGCUCAGAAUCUGGCGACUGUGAGCCUCAAAGGAAGAAGAGCGUUAGAAUAUUGGGAGGUCCAUAUGAUUGCCCAGAUUUCUCUGAAACCAGAUAUUGUAUGGAGCCCAAGAAGAGUAACAGCAGAUCUGUAAUUCCCCUUUUGGAUUGCAAUGACGAUAUAACGAAAAUGUGCUUCGAAAAACCGGGCAGAGUUUGUUUGGAAAUGGGUGAUUCCUUCAUACCCCCACCCAUGGAAAUUCGUUACGCCAUAACCAAAAUCACAAAAUUUAGAGAUUUCUCCACUUUCGAGGUCAUGAAGUCCACGAGUAAAAAACCCAAAUGUUUGCCUAAAGCUGUGGAAGGUGUAUUCGUCCUCAAAAAAGAAGAAAAUUAUUGUUCGUCCAAAAUAUGCGAAUAAAUAUAAAUUAUUCAAUCAA